AUGAGUCAAACUAAAGAUUUACAGGGGGGAAAAGCUUUUGGACUGCUGAAAGCCCAGCAGGAAGAGCAACUCCAAGAAAUCAACAAGCAAUUCCUGGAUGAUCCUAAAUACAGCAGUGAUGAGGAUCUGCCCUCCAAACUGGAAGCCUUCAAGAAGAAAUACAUGGAGUUUGACCUGAACGGAAAUGGAGAUAUCGAUAUCAUGUCCCUAAAGCAAAUGCUGGAGAAACUUGGGGCUGCCAAGACCCAUCUGGAGCUAAAGAAAUUAAUCCAGGAAGUGUCCAGUGGCUCUGGGGAGACAUUCAGCUACCCUGACUUUCUCAGGAUGAUGUUGGGCAAGAGAUCUGCCAUCCUAAAAAUGAUUCUGAUGUAUGAGGAAAAAGGAAGAGAACAGGAGAAGCCAACAGGUCCCCCAACCAAGAAAGCUAUCUCUGAACUGCCCUGA